AUGGCCGCAAUGAAAAGAGGUUUACCUUCUCUGGAAAGGUAUUUUUCGACGGAGUUGGAAACCUUACAUGCAAACGAUCCAAGCCAUGGCUGUAGUCUGCUGAAGGGGCUUUUGACCAUGUACAAAGAUGGCAGAUAUUCUGAUGUCACUUUAAAGAUUAGUGAAGACCGACGGCUUUCAGUUCAUCGUGUUGUUCUGGCCUCUUUUAGUCCUUACUUUGAAGCCUUGUUCGGAAAAAACUGGGCCGAUGGAGAGAAAAAAGAGAUAGAAGUUCUUGGCUUUGACGAGAAUGCUGUCAGCGAUUUGAUCGAAUUCGCAUAUUCGGGCAAAAUUGACAUCAGCAAAGACAAUGUGCAAACUUUGCUCGAGGUAUCCAAUUAUUUGCAGGUGGACUUUGUCAAGGAAUCGUGCGGAGAUUUUCUGAAAGGUGCAAUUAAUGAUAAAACUUGUCCUAGCAUCUGGCAGCUUGCUGAUUUGUUUGCGCUGGAACAGCUUAUGAAGGAGGCUAAAAAGCACUUUUUGCUGCAUUUUACCAAAGUCACUCGGAUGGAAGAGUUUUUGUCGCUUCCAAUUGGUUUCCUGAAAGAGAUUCUUGCUGAUGAAGGUAUUUGCGUGGUUAUCGAGAGCCUGAUUCCGUCCAAAGAGGAAAGGGAAAAGGUCGUGUUGGAAGCUGUUUUCAAGUAUGUUGAGCAUGAUAUCGACAACCGAAAAAGACAUUUUCCAGAAUUGUUAUCCUUGGUACGACUCCCAACUUUAUCAGAGUCUUAUCUGGAAGAAAUCUCAGAACAUAAACUUAUUGCAGACUCCAGCAGAGGAAGCAUUUCAAAGGCUCGGAAGCUAAAAACUGAUUCCCCCGAGAAAGAUUCAGCCGAUGAAAUAUGGGCGACCACUCGGGCGUUUGCCAAACCUACCGUCAGUUGGGGGUGUUCCUUUGCCACUGGUGGCUACAUACAUCCUGAAACAUCACAUCACAACAACAAAGAGGCUGCUGAAGAUCUUGGCAGUGACGUCUUCAUAAAGGGAAUGAAACUUUGGAUUCGACGCUGGUAUGGGACGCCUGUCCUGGGAGGGCUGAAGAUUUUUUUUAAUCAUGAUGGUGACCGAGAGAUUAUGAUGGGAAGUGACUCUGAUCUGUCCGAACACCAUGAAUUUCACUUGGAAAAAAAUGAAAGGAUCGUCAAAGUUGAUGUUAAUUCUGGAUGGAUGAUAGACCGCCUCUCCUUUUACACUAACAAGAAAGAUGAAAAUGGUGAUCCUAAAUGUUAUGGUCCUUAUGGAGGGGAUGGUGGAGGAUUCUACACUGAGACUCCACCAGGGUCGUACGGUUUCCUGGCCGGAAUUAGUGCUGCUGUUGUUUACUCACAGGGUGAAGAAGGUAUCACCAGACUUCAGUUUGCAUGGAGGGCAUUUUGA